AUGUCAUCUACUCUUCCACCAUUCAGUGAUUUAAAUGCCACUUGGACAUUCAUCCAACCAGGACUUGAAUAUAUUUUGGGUGCUCAUGGAGAACAAGGUGUUACCGCCACAGUGUAUAUGAAUUGUUAUACUGCAGUUUACAAUUAUUGUGUCAACAAAUCAAGACGUGGAACAACCCCGGUUUCUAUUUCCAAUAAUUCCGAUAAUAAUUCUUAUUCACUUGCUGGUGCUGAGAUUUAUAAAAAAUUAGAAGAAUAUUUAACUGAAUUCAUCAAGAAUUUGAAAAGAUUACCUAAUGAAUCAUUUUUAGAAUUUUAUGUUCGGAAAUGGACGCGAUUCACCAUUGGAGCAGUAUACAUGAACAAUGUUUUUGAUUAUAUGAAUCGUUAUUGGGUUCAAAAGGAAAGAUCAGAUGGACGUAAAGAUGUUUAUGAUGUUAAUACUUUAUCAUUUAUUAAAUGGAAGGAUGAAAUGUUCAAACCAAAUUCAAAAUUAUUAAUUGAACAAAUUUUAACUUGCAUUCAACAACAAAGAGAUAAUAUGAUUGUUGACACCAAUUUAAUAUCUAGUGCUAUUAAAUCAUUGGUAUUUUUAAGUAUUGAUAUCCAAGAUUUGAAAAAACCAAAUUUGAUUAUUUAUGUAAAUUCAUUUGAAAUACCUUUUUUGGAAGCCACCAUGGAAUAUUAUGCUAAAGAAAGUGCAGCAUUUUUGGCAUCACAUAAUGUUAUUGAUUAUAUGAAGAAAUGUGAAACUAGAAUAGGUGAAGAAGUGUCGCGUUCUAAUAAUUAUUUAGAAGAACGUACUAAGAAACCAUUAUUAGAAGUAUUGAAUGCAGCUUUAAUUGAAAAACAUGCCAAUGAAAUGUAUGAUCAAUUCCUUGUAUUAUUAGAACAAAAUCAAAUUGAUCAUAUUCAACGUAUGUAUAAAUUACUUGCUAGAGUACAAAAAACUUUGGAUCCAUUGGCCAAUACUUUAGAAUUAUAUAUUAAAAAGGAAGCUGCUGCUGCAUUAGAAGAAAUUCAAACUCAAGCAGAAAAUUCAGAAGCGAAAAAGAAAAUCGUGGAACCUAAAGUUUAUGUUCAUACAUUGAUAUCGAUAUACAAUCGAUUUAAUGAUAUUGUUGUUAGAGCAUUUAGCAAAGAUACCAAAUUUAUUAAAUCUUUAGAUAAUGCUUGUCGUCAUUUUGUCAAUAAUAAUCCAAUAGCUACCCCUAAACCAAGAAGUCCUUGCAGAACUCCAGAAUUAUUGGCUAGAUAUGCUGAUGGAUUUUUGAAAAGCAAUUCCAAAGACAAUGAAAUGAAUGCCGAUAAUCUUAUGAUUGUGUUCAAGUUUAUUGCUGAACGAGAUUCAUUUGAAGAACAUUAUCGUCGUCUAUUAGCGAAAAGAUUAGUUAAUGGUACCAGUAAAUCUGAAGAAAUGGAAGAAAGUGUAAUUCAUCGAUUACAAGAAGAAAAUUCUAUUGAAUAUACAUCGAAAAUGACAAAAAUGUUUACUGAUAUUAAAGCUUCUGAUGAUUUGAAAAUUAAAUUUAAAGAUGGAAUGAAUGUUUUAUUUGAUUUUUCACCAAUGGUGUUAGCACGUAGUACAUGGCCAUUCCAUUCUUCCCAAGAUUAUAAUGAUUUGAAACUUGCUCCUGAAUUAAAAGUGACAAUUGAUUCAUUUAAAGCAAUGUAUUUACAACAAGGUAAAGGUAAACAAAUUGAAUGGCUUUGGAAUCAUGGUCGAGCUGAAUUAAAAGCCCAUUUAACUAAAGGUAAAGGUGGUAAACCAUUUAAUUUUAUUGUUUCACAAAUACAACUCAUGGUAUUAUUAGCUUAUAAUUAUUCCAAAACUUAUACAUUGGAUGAUUUAGUAAAGAUUGUCGGGAUUAAAAAAGAAUUAUUACAAAAUCAUGUGACACCAUUUGUUAAAUAUAAAUUACUUAAAGAAGAAGGUGAUCAAUUAGUAAUUGUUGAUCAUUAUCCAUCGAAAAAGAAUAAAGUUAGUUUUAUUGGUGCCAUCACUAAAACUAAAGAAGAAGAUGUUGAAGAAAUUACUAAAGAAGUUCAACAAUCAAGAACAAUAUUUUUGGAAGCUUCAAUUGUUAGAAUCAUGAAACUGAAAAAACUGAUGGCACCAAAUAAUUUAUUAAAUGAAGUUGUUGUUCAAGCUGGUAAUAGAUUCAAUGCCAAGAAUAUUGAUGUUAAAAGAGCUAUUGAUAGUUUAAUAGAUAAAGAAUAUCUUAAGAGAAAUGGUGAUGAUUAUGAAUAUAUUAGUUGA